AUGUCUAGUGGUGCGGGUCAUAUUGGCACCACUCGAGCGAGGAUGUCAAGUGGUGCGGGUCAUAUUGGCACCACUCGAGCGAGGCUGUCUAGUGGUGCGGGUCAUAUUGGCACCACUCGAGCGAGGAUGUCAAGUGGUGCGGGUCAUAUUGGCACAACUCGAGCGAGGCUGUGUAGUGGUGCGGGUCAUAUUGGCACCACUCGAGCGAGGCUGUGUAGUGGUGCAGGUCAUAUUGGCACCACUCGAGCGAGGCUGUGUAGUGGUGCGGGUCAUAUUGGCACCACUCGAGCGAGGCUGUCUAGUGGUGCAGGUCAUAUUGGCACCACUCGAGCGAGGCUGUGUAGUGGUGCGGGUCAUAUUGGCACCACUCGAGCGAGGCUGUGUAGUGGUGCGGGUCAUAUUGGCACCACUCGAGCGAGGCAGUGUAGUGGUGCGGGUCAUAUUGGCACCACUCGAGCGAGGCUGUCAAGUGGUGCGGGUCAUAUUGGCACCACUCGAGCGAGGCUGUCAAGUGGUGCGGGUCAUAUUGGCACCACUCGAGCGAGGCUGUCUAGUGGUGCGGGUCAUAUUGACACCACUCGAGCGAGGCUGUGUAGUGGUGCAGGUCAUAUUGGCACCACUCGAGCGAGGCUGUGUAGUGGUGCGGGUCAUAUUGGCACCACUCGAGCGAGGCUGUGUAGUGGUGCGGGUCAUAUUGGCACCACUCGAGCGAGGCUGUCUAGUGGUGCGGGUCAUAAUGGCACCACUCGAACGAGGCUGUCAAGUGGUGCGGGUCAUAUUGUUACCACUCGAGCGAGGCUGUGUAGUGGUGCGGGUCAUAUUGGCACCACUCGAGCGAGGCUGUGUAGUGGUGCGGGUCAUAUUGGCACCACUCGAGCGAGGCGGUCUAGUGGUGCGGGUCAUAUUGGCACCACUCGAACAAGGCUGUCAAGUGGUGCAGGUCAUAUUGGCACCACUCGAGAGAGGCAGUGUAGUGGUGCAGUUUAUAUAAGCACCACUCGAGCGAGGCAGUCUAGUGGUGCGGGUCAUAUUGGCAACACUCGAACGAGGCUGUCAAGUGGUGCGGGUCAUAUUGGUACCACUCGAGCGAGGCUGUCUAGGGAUGCAGGUCAUAUUGGCACCACUCGAGCGAGGCUGUCUAGGGAUGCAUGUCAUAUUGGCACCACUCGAGCGAGGCCGUCUAGUGAUGCAGGUCAUAUUGGCACUACUCGAGCGAGGCUGUGUAGUGGUGCGGGUCAUAUUGGCACCACUCGAGCGAGGCUGUCAAGUGGUGCGGGUCAUAUUGGCACCACUAGAGCGAGGCUGUGUAGUGGUGCGGGUCAUAAUGGCACCACUCGAACGAGGCUGUCAAGUGGUGCGGGUCAUAUUGGUACCACUCGAGCGAGGCUGUUUAGUGGUGCGGGUCAUAUUGGCAUCACUCGAGCGAGGCCGUCUAGUGGUGCGGGUCAUAUUGGCAACACUCGAGCGAGGCCGUCUAGUGAUGCAGGUCAUAUUGGCACCACACGAGCGAGGCUGUGUAGUGGUGCGGGUCAUAGUGGCACUACUCGAACGAGGAUGUCAAGUGGUGCGGGUCAUAUUGGUACCACUCAAGCGAGGCUGUCUAGUGGUGCAGGUCAUAUUGGUACCACUCGAGCGAGGCUUUCAAGUGGUGCAGGUCAUAUUGGCACAACUCGAGCGAGGCUGUCUAGUGGUGCAGGUCAUAUUGGUACCACUCGAGCGAGGCUGUCUAGUGGUGCAGGUCAUAUUGGCACCACUCGAGCGAGGCUGUCUAGUGGUGCGGGUCAUAUUGGCAACACUCGAGCGAGGCUGUCUAGUGGUGCGGGUCAUAUUGGCAACACUCGAGCGAGGUUGUGUAGUGGUGCGGGUCAUAUUGGAACAACUCGAGCGAGGCUGUCUAGUGGUGCAGGUCAUAUUGGCACCACUCGAGCGAGGCUGUCUAGUGGUGCAGGUCAUAUUGGCACCACUCGAGCGAGGCUGUGUAGUGGUGCGGGUCAUAUUGGCAACACUCGAGCGAGGCUGUCUAGUGGUGCAGGUCAUAUUGGCACCACUCGAGCGAGGCUGUGUAGUGGUGCGGGUCAUAUUGACACCACUCGAGCGAGGCUGUCUAAUGAUGCGGGUCAUAUUGGCACCACUCAAAUGAGGCUGUCAAGUGGUGCGGGUCAUAUUGGCACCACUCGAGCGAGGCUGUCUAGUGGUGCAGGUCAUAUUGGCACCACUCGAGCGAGGCUGUCUAGUGGUGCAGGUCAUAUUGGAACCACUCGAGCGAGGCUGUCUAGUGGUGCAGGUCAUAUUGGCACCACUCGAGCGAGGCUGUCUAGUGGUGCAGGUCAUAUUGGCACCACUCGAGCGAGGCUGUUUAGUGGUGCGGGUCAUAUUGGCAUCACUCGAGCGAGGCCGUCUAGUGGUGCGGGUCAUAUUGGCAACACUCGAGCGAGGCCGUCUAGUGGUGCAGGUCAUAUUGGCAACACUCGAGCGAGGCUGUGUAGUGGUGCAGGUCAUAUUGGCACCAGUCGAGCGAGGCUGUUUAGUGGUUUAGUGGUGCGGGUCAUAUCGCCACCACUCAAGCGUGUCUGUCUAGUGGUGCGGGUCAUAUUGGCACCACUCGAGCGAGGCUGUCUAGAGGUGCAGGUCAUAUUGGCACCACUCGAGCGAGGCUGUCUAGUGGUGCAGGUCAUAUCGGCACCACUCGAGUAA